GCAUCUGACAAAGUCCAGGUAGCUUUGGUAUUAAUUACGCGCCACGAGCGAAAGCUUCGUAAACAGUAAACAAACCGAAAAAAAUAAUAAUAAAAAAUUCACCGUCGGCUAUCGUUGUACUAUCACUAUGCCCCAACAUGUACGCUAUACAAAUUCUUGAAUGCAUUAAUUCACUCAUCAAACCAAACCAACACUAAUUAAACAUAACAACGCUCUCUUCCCCUCCACCAUUUCACAUCAACAAUGAAACCAAACGACAACAACAACAACAACAUUGCAAUGCUAGCCAAAACAGACUCCGAGGUAAGCAGCCAAACCCAAUCCUCACCAACAAGAUCUCCCCGACGGGCCGUCUACUACGUCCAAAGCCCAUCGCGCGACUCUUCCAACGACGGCGAAAAAACAACUAACUCGUUUAAUUCAAGCCCACUUCAAAGCCCAUUGGGCUCACCUCCUCAUUCUCAUUCAAACUCCUCAUUGGGCCCACAUUCCCGUGAAUCUGCAUCGACGCGAUUCUCUGCCUCUCGCAAGAGUAGCAAUGCUUCAAACAACCGUAAAGGACAUUGGCGACCUUGGAAGGAUCAGUUUCAUGCCAUUGAAGAAGAAGGUCUUCUUGAUGUUCAUGAUGAUACCAAUCGAGGAUUCCCUCGCCGGUGUUAUUUUCCGGCUUUUGUCGUUGGAUUCACCGUUCUUUUCUCUGUUUUUUCUCUCAUUCUUUGGGGUGCAAGUCGCCCUCAAAAACCUACCAUUUUACUCAAGAGUAUAACGUUUGAUAGAUUUAUAAUUCAAGCGGGUGCGGAUUUGUCAGGAGUUGCCACAAGCAUGGUGUCUAUGAAUUCCUCAGUGAAAAUGACUUUUAGAAACACAGCAACAUUUUUCGGGGUCCAUGUUUCAUCAACUCCAUUAAAUAUCAAUUACUAUCAGCUCUCACUAGCCACCGGAAAUAUGCCUAGGUUUUAUCAAUCAAGAAAAAGUGAGAGAUCUAUUAGGGUAAUGGUGAAAGGAAGUCACAUUCCAUUGUAUGGAGGGGGAGCAAGCCUAAGCAGCAUGAAUGGUUUACCGGUUGAGCCGGUACCCUUGACAUUGAACGUGAUGGUGAGGUCAAAAGCUUAUGUUUUGGGGAAAUUGGUGAAACCCAAAUUUUACAAGAAGAUUGAGUGUGGUUUGAUUAUGGAUCCGAAUAAAAUGGGUGUGCCCAUUCCACUUAUCAACAAGUGUACGUACCAACUGUGAGUGACAAUAAUAAUUUAUUUUGUAAUAAUUUAAUAAGGAGUUUCAGUAUUUUUAUUUAUUUAAUUCACUAGAUUCGCAAAAGCGUGAGAAUUCUUUGGCUUCACUCUGUCACAACCAGCUUUUGUUUUGUCUUAGUUAGUAGUUAUUACAAAUUUGUAAGAAAUUGCCCGAAAGUUUAAUUUGGAUUUUGUCGGUGAUUCUAUUUUAACUUACUUUUUGAGAUACAACUCUA